AUGGACGCCGGCGGCAGCGGCAGCGGCGCCGACCUGAGGAGCAGCAUCAAGAAGUGGAAGAUCAUCUACCCGGUGUACCUCAACUCCAAGAAGACGGUCGCCGAGGGCCGCCGCAUCGCCGCCGCCAAGGCCUGCCCCGACCCCACCUGCAUCGAGAUCGCCGACAGCUGCGCCUACCUCAAGAUCCCUCGCGCCAUCGAGUUGGAUAAGGCGUAUCCGCGGGAUUUCUUCCAGGUGGGGAGAGUGAGGGUGCAGCUCACCAAUGAUGACGGCUCCCCAGUCAACCCUGCAAUCAGAACAAAGAAGCAGCUAAUGAUCCAAAUAGCAGAGCUGGUCCCCAAGCAUCAUGGGAGGACUAAGAAGCAGGAACCAGUGGCAGGUCCAUCAGUUACAACUACUAACAAGAAAAAUAAGAAGAAGAAGUAG